AUCGCACAGCAUGGCGAGCAGCGGGCGGCGGCCGGAGCACCGCGGGCCCCCCGAACUGUUCUACGAUGAGACGGAGGCGCGGAAAUACACUCAGAACUCCCGCGUGGCCGAGAUCCAGGCGCAGAUGGCGGCGCGGGCCGUGGAGUUGCUGGCGCUGCCCGAGGGGCGGCCGUGCCUCCUCCUGGACGUGGGCUGCGGCUCCGGACUGAGCGGGGAGCACAUCUCCGAGGAGGGGCACUGCUGGAUCGGGGUGGACAUCAGCCGCGCCAUGCUGGAUGUGGCUGUGGAGAGGGAGGUUGAAGGAGACCUGCUCCUCGCAGAUAUGGGCGAUGGCAUUCCCUUCAGGCCUGGAACGUUUGAUGGCUGCAUCAGUAUUUCUGCAGUGCAGUGGCUUUGUAACGCUGACAAGAAGUCACAUAGUCCUCCAAAACGCCUUUAUUGGUUCUUUUCAACUCUUUAUACUGCCUUGGCCCGAGGAUCCCGAGCCGUACUGCAGCUGUACCCUGAGAACUCAGAACAGCUGGAGCUCAUCACAGCCCAAGCCAUGAGAGCUGGCUUUACUGGUGGAAUGGUCAUAGAUUACCCCAACAGUGCCAAAGCUAAGAAGUUCUUCCUCUGUCUCUUUGUUGGGGCAUCUGGCACAUUACCAAAGGGCCUUGGUACUGAGUGCGCUGAUGGAGAAGAGAUACACCAGGCAAAAUUCACCCAAGAGAGGAUACGGUUCAGAAAUGCCAAGGGCAAAUCUGUGAAGAAAAGCCGUGACUGGAUUCUUGAGAAGAAAGAACGCAGACGACGACAGGGCAAGGAAGUGCGGGCAGACACAAAAUACACAGGUCGGAAGCGCCGCCCUCAGUUCUGAAUUGCUGUGGACAUUUGUUGACGCGGAAGAUUGUGUGUUGGCCUCACUAGUGAGCCUCUUGUGGAUGGCCCUGAUGGGCUUCCCAGGCCUGGGACUUGCAGGAGCCACGGUGACCUGUCUCAGCAAAUGUAGACGGGCUCAGGUGCAGCCAAACUGCUAACUACAAAGCUUCCAGCUGUUUUCUUUGUGAAGGGAUUGCAGGGCAGUGUUCUGGCCACUUGGAGUCUGCCAUGACAUUGCUCAUCUUCCCAACAGGGCACUGAGCCAUCUGGAGCUUUAGGCAAGCUCAGAACAUUAUAUGCGGACUCUUCUCUAAACAGUCAAUAAGUUGAAAGAGUU